AUAACUGAAAAAGUAAAUUUUGUUUGCAUGAAACUUGCCCUUGCUUAUGGUAGUAAUUUUGUUGAAUAAUCAAUAAUAAUUCAAGCACGGCUUCAUCUCAUUUAUUCUUACUGCUACCCUAUAUACUCUUGACCUAGUGCAACCCUCGGUGUACACGCUUGCAGCAUCCUUCUAUUGUUUACUGUAUGGCUUACAGCACAUGUGUCCAUGCCUGAUCGUGCUUUGCAUUUGUGCCGAAAAUGCUGCAGUCACAGCACCACUUUGCUGAAAUUAUAGUCAUGCUGUAAUAACAGCAAGAAUACUAGAUAUUACAUGCAUAGAAUGGGGAGCGUGAAACAAAAUUUACGUACAGCCACCAGCAUUGAUAUAUAUAACACAAAUUGAUUGUUUCAAACAAAAGUAGGAGAGUUGAGAUUUUCCUCUAGUUCACAAUAAUGUCAUUUUAAACAAAAAAGGCUAUGUAGGACAUGAGCACACAGACUGUGAGCUUUGCACAUCAUGAAUGUGUACCACAAUUGCUAACAAUCUUUCCAAGGUUGAAAGUUAACAGAGACAUGCUGCUCCAAAGAUACCUUGCCCAAUAAAUUUAUUUAUAGUUGGCUGAACUGGUUGACUGAACUGAUUAAAGUAAGCUGCAAGCACCUAGUGCUUUGGUGGGGUCAGCCAGCCUUUGACAAGAUCAUAGCUGCACAUUGUUCACACGUUCAUUUUUGCCUGGUGUUCUCAGCCAGGGUAGGCUUGAGCACAGAUGGAGUUUGCAGUGUGAGAUUAUCUCAGCCUUAUAAAGCCAUAGACAUACCUAGUUGACAUUACCAAUUGGAUAGCACAUGUUUAUAAAAGUGUGUGUUUCAUCAAGACAUUAUGCUGGGAUAAAAAUUGAACAAAUGUAUCUGCAUAUGCAUUUGAAACGCUAACUGAAAGUGGACCACUGAUAUUUUCUUUACAAUAUACAGUUGACUCCCUUUUAGAGGAGCAUCGUGGGACUGCUGUUUGUCUAACAGAAGUACACUGAAUUUAUGGGAAACUAAGUAAAAGCCAUGUUACUGUUUCACUUAUUAAAGAACUUGACUGUAUAGAGCGUCUAUUAAGAGGAUUUAGCUGUGUUAUGCUUUGGGGUUUAGGCUCUGUGAAAGCCCUCUAAGGAUCUUGACGAAUUGAGUGCUCAUUGUGGUUUCGUUUAUUUUCUUUCUCGCUCUUCAUUCUCUUUGUUUGCUGCUCAAUCUAGAUCAUCACAUGUAUAAUCUUAGCCAAAACUCCCGUUUCCACCCUUGAUCAAACAUAGGGUGAGCAUUGUUCUCCACUCAAACCUGCUGUUCUCCUGCAAGACACUCGCUGUUGCACGCUUUGUAUACAUAGCUUUUACCUGAAUAAUUUGGAAACACAUUGUUUUAAACAACUGUGCCAUUGGCACAGCAGUCUUGUUCAACUUAAGCCGUUAUAUGAAAAACUUAACUCCGUUAUAUUAAAAAGGCAACAUGGCUGAUGUAAGCAAACUAUGUCUGUGUAAAUCUGCAAGGUAAAGAAAGUUUCGUAAAAGGAAAUGUUAGCAGUUGCUCGAAAAAUCGUGUGACUGUGAUGAUACAAAGGAAACCCAUAUAUUAAGAAUCCAUAUAGGAUUAUUUUGUAAUGUGAUGCUCUUUUUUUUUUUUUUUUAGGUGGAUGCCGACUUUCCCUUUUAUGGCUGGUGUAACUUUUUUUUUUUUUUUUCUAUAAAUACAAAUGCUUGGUCAGUGUGCUGAAAUUUUCUACAUUGACCGCACAUGAAAGGUCAUUGUGUCCUUGUGCUCUACAAUGGAAGCUAUUGCUAUCAACUAUAGUUCUGCAGUUUUGCAAUGGGAAUUUGUUCAUUGGCAGCAAUCUAUGUUUAGUGGAGAUGGCAAGGAUCAGUUAAGGAGGACUUGUAAAAGCAUGCUGGGUUACUGGUCUUUUGUUGCUAAGCACGUUAUAUGAAUGCAGGAAGUAACAUUGGUGUUUGCCUUUGCCAGCACAGUGAGUUAUUCUACGUGCGGAACCACAUGCCUGUGCCUGACGUGGACCCAAAGGACUACAUUCUAGAGAUAGAGGACCCAGAUGGUAAAUGCCAUGCGUUGACCCUGGAUGAAAUCAAGACCAAGUUCUCCAAGGUGUCCAUCACUUCUGUUAUCCAGUGUGCUGGCAAUCGACGCUCUGAACAGAACAAGAUUAAAAAAGUCAAAGGCCUCGACUGGGGUCCCUGUGCCAUUGGCAAUGCGACCUGGUCCGGGGCAAGACUGGUGGAUGUACUGCGUUAUCUUGGAGUUGACCUUUCCGACAAGCGCAUCCAGCACAUAGUCAUGGAGGGCUUAGACACAGACCCUACAGGGACCCCCUAUGGUUCCUCUUUCCCAGCAAAUAAGGGCCUGGACCCAAAGGGGGAUGUAUUGCUGGCAUACGAGAUGAAUGGCGAGGAGUUGCCUCGUGACCAUGGCUUUCCCCUGCGAGCUAUUGUGCCGGGAAUUGUGGGUGCUCGCAAUGUGAAGUGGCUCUCACGCAUCCAGCUGAGCCCUACAGAGAGUGAAUCGCACUGGCAACAGAACGAUUACAAAGGCUUCUGCCCAUCGACUGACUGGGAUACGGUGGACUUCAAGAGUGCACCUGCAAUCCAGGAGCUGCCUAUUACAUCAGUGGUGUGCAGGCCACUUGAGGGUGAAGUGUUGACCCCCAAGGACGGCAAAAUACAUGUCAAGGGCUACGCUUGGAGCGGGGGAGGCCGCAAGGUGGUGCGUGUGGAUGUGAGCGCAGACGGUGGCAAAAACUGGAUACCCGCCCAUUGGAGAGCGAGGACACCUCUCUGUAACCGUGCAUGGGCCUGGACGCUCUGGAAGCUCGAUCUUCCAGUGCAAGGUGCAGACAAGCUGGAGAUUGUGUGCAAAGCCGUCGACUCAUCAUACAAUUCGCAACCCGAAGGUGUUGCCGGUGUCUGGAACCUGCGAGGUGUCCUCAACAACGCCUGGUACCGCGUCCACGUCAAAGUGAAACAGUCGUAAAAGUAAAGGCGGGCGCAUGUCUAUUGCAGUGGCCUUGGGUCAGCUCCAAACAAGCACACGCUCCACAAAAUGCCGAGACACAUAUCGCUGGUCGAGCUGUGGAAAGUAUUCUGGGUACACAGAGGAGCAGGGAAGCCAAGCACUUCCAGAGGAUGGCGAUUGACCCGACGCAACCUGCAUUAACAAAUAGAUUGCAACUUAGAGCUUUGCCCAAGCUAUUUGCCCUCAUGUACCAAACUUACAGUACAAUUUAUUGUUUACCGGUUGUUCACACCAUUUCACAAAUGUUGGUCAUCAUGCUUGCAGCUCCACUCAAAAACGUGACCAUAAUAAUGCCGCUCAUAAGUGCAAUUACUAAGCAUUUCUCUUGGAAUUACCUAUGUGAAGUGAGUGGUCAUUGAAAGUUGCUCAAUGUGCCUUGUAUUGCUUUGUAUAGUAGCUCAAGCAAGCUAACAAUGCAUUUUUGGCGUAGUGCUACCACACAGGGAAACACAAGUACAAAAAAAAAAAAAAAAGAUGGUGGAUAAUGUUGGCCUUCAUAACAGUCUCCUCCAAUAAACUUUGCUCUACUGGCCUUUUAUAACUGUUAGAACUGAUUUUAUGCAAAGUACUUCGUUUAAAAAAAAAAAAGGAAUGCAAAAGAAUGAUAAUUAGUUUGACAACCAAAAGCAAUUUGCGGAAAGGCUUUUGAAGAAAACAUUCCUUAUGAUUUUGGAUUCAAACAUUUUAGGAAGACUUUUUAAAAAGUGCUGCUAUAUUACAAGUUAAUUUUUUUCAAGGUAGUUGUUACUCAUCCCUUUAACUUGUGUUACUCUCUUGCUGUCCUGACCCACACUUAUUGAAUAUCUAACCCGCAUUUUUUAACUCCACUUUAUAUCUGUUUUAUAUGAGAAGUACGUUUCCAGUUUCGAAAUGCGAUAACAAGCAGUCACUAACCCACACCACACAUGAUCACCCUAACUAAAGUUCUUGAUCAGCAAUCUAGUUUCUAGUCUUGCCAAUUCUCUAGAAUUGAUUUGUGGCUUUUGUAAACUGUAUUCACGCAAGCCUCGGCUGUUGCUAAUGGACACCGAGAUUCUAGUUAUGGUUCCCGAUUGGCACACUAUCUUCUAUAACUUUUUAAGCACAUUAAGUUUAUAUUGUACAGGCAAUAUCUCCUUUACUCAAUAACAUGCUAAAAUGAGCAGAACCCUUUACUUUUUUGGAAGCAGCUUGCAACUAAUUUCAUAAGUAUUCAAACAUUGGAGAUAGUUUUUCACAUGCACAUCCACUGUACAAGUGUUGGAAGUUUUCAAGUUCUGUGUGCACUAAUUAGCGUUACGUGACAGUGAUAUUUAGCACCUUUCUUAUGUGUAAUUAAUGUAUCUGAGCCAUUUUUUAAUCCACUCACACCUGUAUGCACUGGCAUUGAUGCGGUGUGCAAGCUGUUUACAGACUAGCAGUAUUAAUUCAUUUUUACACUAACUGAACAAUGAAGGUUCUGUUAUAUCCCAGCUAUAUAGUGAAACAGAACAGUCUCUCGGGCUGAAAUAUGGAAGCACCCAUUUCUUUUCAGAUGUGCUAACUCGCAGCUAGCUUUCAUAUUUAGGAACACUGCAUUGUGUACGCUGUACAGUGCUUGCACUGAAUAAUGCUUUACAGUACGCUCAUGCAGUGUUCUGCAACUUGUGUUUCUGACCUUCUAACUAGUCAUGGUUGCUUAUAAGAUCCCAAAAUAUAUAUUUGUCCUUUGAACUGAAGGCAAUAAAGCCCUACUAUUUGUCAUUA